UAUAAUGUGGGGGACCCAUACUUCGGCACGAAUGGGCCAGCUCGACCGGAGUGAUACUACGGCCUCACAGAAAAGCGACGUGAAACAACGAUCCCUUGUUUUUCGAUAUGUAGUGAUAUCUUCCCAAUCCGCGAUUCCCCAACAACGCUUAAAUUCCCAAAAGGCCGGCAACCCAUUUGCAUAACUGGAGUAAGUUCUCAUACCUCAUCUCAUGUGCCUCCUAUCUUGUCUUUAUCAUUAAUCUUAUCUUUUAUCUUUCAUAUAUAAAGAAUAUCGAAUCAUUGAGAUCAAGUAUAACAAGUGAUAAAGUUUGAGAAAGGACAGUCUUUAAUAUUUGGUUUAAUAUUAAAGUAUCAGUGUUCGUGAAUUCGUUUAUAUUUUGUUUUUAAAUCAUCUGUAAUAUACCAGAAUGAGGAGCUUCAUCAUCAUCACAGUGCUGUCAGCACUCGCAGCCUGCUAUGGUGCUGCUGUCCUCCCAAGCGAGAAGCCUGAAGGUUACAUUACCAUGGUCUUUGAUGAAGAGUCACCCAAUGGAAGGGUGGUAUCUGAAGCUGAACUUAAUAACUGGAUGGCACCUAACGGAUGGUACUACGAAGUAUCUACAUGGAAAUGUGAAGCACCCCCAAUCUACGGCGAGGUACAGCAUUUCAGCGUAAAGUACGAGGGAGAUCCCGAUGUUUUGAUUAAAAGCUAUUCUAUAAGUUAUUACCCACCUGCUCCUGUGAUACACUACAGUCCGAUUGGAACAAAUUUCAUGGAAGUGAAUAUAACAACAUUGGUAGGUAGAGAGAUACACACCACUGUUAUACUGUACAGUAGUUGAAUAUACUAAUCUACUAGCAAACUAACUAACUAACUAACUACUAAUAAACUUCAAUAAUUUUUGCGUGAAAGAGUAACAAACAUCUAUACUCACAAAGUUUCGUUUGUAUUAAUUGUGAUAUUAAUAGUAUUAUUUAUUCAACUAAAAGACAUUGUGACUUUUAAACUUAAACUAUCACUGAAUUAUAAAUAAAUUGUAUAAAUGAA